AUGCAAAGUGGCCUCCACCCGCCGUUCAACGCCCCACGUUCAGCUCAGAGCGCCGCUUUGCAACGCCGUACCGGUGCAAGAGAGGUAGGAGAGCUCUCGCUUCGCGACGCAUCACUUAGGCUUGCCGCAGAGCACCGCAACAUGCCAUCGAGCCCGACGAUGCUCGCCCUCAAACGCGAUCCGGCGCUCGCCCUCAAACGCGACCCGACGCCUGGCCUCGAACGCCCCCGACGCGCCCUCCAGAAUUCCCGCGCGCUCGCCCCGUGCCUUCUCACUCCAGCCCGCCCGUGCCUUCUUGCUUCAGCCCAUCCAUGCCUUCUCCUCCCACCCGCCCGCGCGCUCGCCAUCUAG